CGCACAGCAAACAGCUGACAUGCGCACGGGUGCGGCGUGAGUAGGGCUUAAUUGUAAUCGUAAUGGCCUGAAAUUAUCGUUUUAUUAUUGUUAACUUUAGACUUAUUUCCACCACUGCAUGUGGCAUUUUUAAAUGGAAUUCUGUGGUUGUGACAUCACAGUGAAAGGAACCAAUCAAAUUACAUUAAAUGCUGGAGUAGGCAUUGGCUGGAAGCGAGGGCAGUUACAUCGGCCAGGAGUUGUUCUCUUGGCCACUCUGCACCCACACACUGUUUCAGGAAGAUUCUUACAUUUUAAAGCUCUCGGCCACACUCCACUCUCCCAAGUCCGCGAUUAAGGUGUGCUCACUGCUGGGUGUGACAUUUGAGCUGCUGCCUGGUGGUGGAAAUUCAAAACCAAACGGGCAGCCAUGCACCGCCCCUUCACUCGCAAGAAAGAUAAAUCGUGGAUUCAUACCCCUGAGAUGCUCACGAAGAGUUGCGUGUCAUACAGUGUCAAGUACCUAGGUAGUUGUGAGGUAUCCCAGCCCAAAGGUUCUGAAGUUGUCAAAGAUGCCGUGAGAAAACUCAAGUUUGCGUGCCACCUGAAAAAAUCCGAAGGUCAAAAACUUCCAAAAGUUGAACUUCAGGUUUCUAUACGAGGUGUGGAAAUCUUGGAUCCCAAAUCAAAGGAAAGUCAACAUAACUGUCCACUCCACCGAAUAUCUUUCUGUGCUGAUGACAAGACGGAUAAGCGCAUCCUUGCUUUCAUUUGCAAAGAUGCUGAAACUGACCAGCAUUUUUGCUUUGCAUUUGACAGCGAGAAAUCGGCUGAAGAAAUUACGUUGAGCAUUGGACAGGCUUUUGAUUUGGCCUACAGAAAGUUUCUUGAAUCUGGUGGCAAAGACGUGGAAUCAAAGAAACAAGUGAUUGCUUUGCAGAAAAGGGUUACUGAACUUGAAACAGAGAAUGGUGAACUCCAGAAGAAAAUUGAAAAACUCGAGGAAAGGCUCAAAAGCACACACGUGGUUGUUCACACAGAGGAGGCACUCAAUGGGGUGUUCGACGGAGUGGCAUCGGCUGACCUCUUCGACAUGGUGCCCUUUUCCCCAGCAUCCCCUGCCACCUCCCCGACUGCUCCGCCACCAAUUCCUAGUCGAGCUGCCGAGAGAGCUAAGGACAUAUUUGGAGCAGAACCUUUUGACCCCAUUACUAACCGAGGAGCUGGGCCACCCAUUGCAAGUGCCAGCCUGGCAGAUUUUCCAGGCGCGCCUCCAGGAUCAUAGGACCUUGACCAUGGAGGACAUCGCUGUCUUUUUGAUCCUUCCAUAGGACUGGUGCCUGUGCUUGAUCAUCACUGGAUAUUGAACGCAUCCUCUUCUACGGAGAUUCCUAUUGACAUUCACGAUCAACCACCUCGGACAUAACAUGUAGCAGCAUCAUGACAGCCAUGAUAUAUUAUUGGUAGCAUAGGUACCACCACCACACAACAAUGUGCACACAACGGUUAUACGUUUGGCCACGCCAAUGAACACACCGUCGUUAUGACAGCCACCAAAUUGCCUCGCGGUCGCACAAGGGUUAAAGUGUUCCUUAAGUAACGGAGAAUAUACAGGCAAAAUAAUCACGAUUUUCCCAUUUUCAGCAAGUAUUUUAUUUCAUUAGCAACAUUUAUUUCGACAAUCAUAAACACACUGUAUAUAAAAAAAAUCACUGCUUAAAAUUUUAGCCUUCAAAUGGAUAUAUUUUUAUACCUUUCCAUGUAUUACAUUUCAAUAGUCAUUUUAGUCGCAUGUAAACCAAUGCCAUUUAUUAAUAUAAAAUAUUGCACAAACUGUAACAUCUACUGAUAUAAAGCAUAACUGAAUAUUAAUAUACAUGUAAUUGUUUUUAGAGUAAAAAGGUUGACUCAAAUUUGUAUAUCACCUUGAGAGUAUUGCACGGUGAAAUUGAGUGAUAAUUUAAGAUAACACAAAAACAAUACAUUAAUGGCUUCCUUUUAUUUUAUUACGCUUCCAAGGGUAUAUCAUAGAUACGUGUUUUAGAAAUUAACAGUGCCAUUAUAAUAUAGGAUAUGGAAACAACGUAAGUCCACUUUUUACGUCAACCUGAUAAUAUUUGAGAAAAGCAUUUUCGCACGAGCAUUAAAUGCCUACCAUGUAUGAUGGCCUUCCAGGGUGAAACUAAUCGCCACCUAAAGCAAUGGAAAGUAUUUCUGGCUGCAAGGAACACAGAAAUCAUUGUACCACUACUGAGUAGCUCUGUGAUUGUAGUGCAUUCUGUAAGUUGGCAUGAUAUAAUGUGGGCAGUGCUGUGAUGACAAGUGUGCAUUAAAGAAAAGGCUUUUUUUUAGACUAAAACAUACCUUUUUAGCCUGGGGAAUUUGAUGAUCACUGCCACUAACAUAAACGUGAGAGUGGAAUAAGCACUCGGACCAUGAACCUAUUGGAGAUGAUGUCUUAUGAUUUGAGCAUCAAGUUUGCAUGCAUUUGACCAAAACAGAAAAAGCUUUACUGUGGUGCUUUACCACCUUAGAAAUGUUUGUAUACUCAUCAGGAUGUAAUUUCCUAUAUUUUAUACACAUUUUAAGCAUUUGUGAUAUGUUCAUUAACAUGAUAUUUUAUAUACACCAAAUGCUUUUGCUCACAUGUUUACCAAAAACUUACAAUUUUGUGAAAGUACGCAGCAUGUUGAUGAGUGUUUAUCUUGUGUGCUCGCACUUAGUGGAGGGCUGCCUCAAAGAUGUGCUGAGUUCCAUUACCUUUAAAUGUAUAGCUGUCAUAUUUUACGAAAGACUCGACAUUAUUACCAAAGUAUACAGUUAAACAAAUUACAUUUGACAAUCGUAACUUUUUUUAAAAUAUAUAUAUAAAACGUUACACGUUGAGAAAAUCAGAAAAGAGGGGUUAGAGCAUGCUGGGCCAUAUGUUUUUCUAUAUGUUUACCUACAGAAUGUGUUUCUGGAAAUGUGUUUUGGUGUACCCCAAUCAGCUGCAGUGGCACAACGUGGUUGAUUAGUUUCCGGGCCACGACUUUCACAAAGACGCAGCAUGGCGAGUCCCCUUGUAGGUGCAUUAUGUGCCUGGGUGGACUAUUGCUCCCAAUAGUGGUUUGACCUCUGAACCCAGUCUUAGCAUAAUUUUCUUAUUGCGCUGUUAAAAUGUAUUUCUCACGUAAUAAAAAAAAUGAUUACACGA